CUCCUGCCUCCCCCUUCCCAACCCCUUGUGGCAUCUCCCCCACCAAAAGUGUCCCCCACUUUCCUGCCUGCUCCCACCGUGGCAGUGAGUCCCCAGAGCCCGGGCUCGCCCCCCGUUCCUGCAGCCCCUCUCAGCCCUGCCGUGUCCCCGGCAGUCCCGGUGUCUCCUGGCAGUCCUGCCUCCACCCCUCUGGCUUCUGUUCCAGCCUCUCCUCAAGCCCCAGCUCUGACUCAGUGCCCGGCCCUGGUUGGUGCCAUCUCUCCACCCGUCUUCCUGGCUGCCCCCAAGGCCCCCUUGUCACCCCCCAUCCCUCUGCUGCCAGCUGGGAUGUCCCCUGGGUGUCCUGCUGUCCCAGCCCCUGGUGCUCCAGUCUCUCCACUGGUCCCAGUUGGUCCAUCUGCUGCCAGGGCCUGUCCCGUGGGCCCUGCCCCAGUGGCCCCAGCUGUGGGGCACCUGGUCCCUCCCUCGGUGGCCAGGACCCCUCCUGGGAGCCCGGACCCUCAGGCAGCGCCUGUGGCAGCUCCUGUGGCUCCUGCCCUGGCCACACCUGCUCUGGGAGCUGCUGUGUCUCCCCCAGGGCCACCAGCUCCGAGUCCCCUGUUGCCACCAGCAGCUCCUGUGCCCGCUGUCCCCCCUGCCAGCUCCCUGCCUGUCCCACCAGCCAUGGCAGCUCCAGCCACCUCUCCUGCAGCCAAACCAGCUCCUACGAGCCCAGUCACUGUCCCAGCUGCCCCCUCUGUCCCUGUCCCACCAGCCAUGGCAGCUCCAGCCACCUCUCCUGCAGCCAAACCAGCUCCUACGAGCCCGUCUGCUGCCCCUUCUGUCCCUGUCACACCAGCUGUGGCAGCUCUACCAGCUCCAGCUGCCCCUCCUGCAGCCAAAGAGGCUCCCAAGAGCCCUGUUGCUGCCCCUGCUGUCACCCCAACUCCUGCCACACCAGCUCCAGCCACCCCACCUGCAGCCAAAACUGCUCCCAAGAGCCCUGGUGCUGCUGCCCCAGCUCCUGCCACCCCACCUCCCGCAGCUCCACCAGCUCCAGCUGCCCCCACUGCAGCCAAAGCACCCCCAAAGAGCCCUGUCGAGGCCACCCCACCUCCAGCUGCCCCUGCUGAGGCCAAGGCACCCCCAAAGAGCCCUGUCAAAGCCACCCCAGCUCCAGCUGCCUCCCCAGCAGCCAAAAAGUCUCCCAAGGGCAGCCCUGCCACUGCCCCCUCUGCUCCUGCGGCUCCAGUGCCGGCGGCUCCGGCAGCUCCAGCUGCCCCUGCUGAGGCCAAGGCACCCCCAAAGAGCCCUGCCAAAGCCACCCCACCUCCAGCUGCCCCUUCUGAGGCCAAGGCACCCCCAAAGAGCCCUGUCGAGGCCACCCCACCUCCAGCUGCUCCUGCUGAGGCCAAGGCACCCCCAAAGAGCCCUGUCGAGGCCACCCCACCUCCAGCUGCUCCUGCUGAGGCCAAAGGUUCCCCAAAGAGCCCUGUCAAAGCCACCCCACCUCCAGCUGCCCCUGCUGAGGCCAAGGCACCCCCAAAGAGCCCUGCCAAAGCCACCCCACCUCCAGCUGCCCCUGCUGAGGCCAAGGCACCCCCAAAGAGCCCUGUCAAAGCCACCCCACCUCCAGCUGCCCCUUCUGAGGCCAAGGCACCCCCAAAGAGCCCUGCCAAAGCCACCCCACCUCCAGCUGCUCCUUCUGAGGCCAAGGCACCCCCAAAGAGCCCUGUCAAAGCCACCCCACCUCCAGCUGCCCCUGCUGAGGCCAAAGGUUCCCCAAAGAGCCCUGUCAAAGCCACCCCACCUCCAGCUGCUCCUGCUGAGGCCAAGGCACCCCCAAAGAGCCCUGUCAAAGCCACCCCACCUCCAGCUGCCCCUGCUGAGGCCAAAGGUUCCCCAAAGAGCCCUGUCAAAGCCACCCCUGCUCCAACUGCUCCCCCAGCAGCCAAAGCACCCCUAAAAAGUCCUGUCGAGGCCGCCCCAGCUGUGGCCAAGGCACCCCCCAAGAGCCCUGUUAAAGCCGCCCCCCCGGCAGUCCCGGCACCCGCCCCUCCAGCUCCAGGUGUUCCCGGUGCCCCCCCAAAGCCCCCUGCCCCCCAGAAAGCAGACAGCAGCCAUCCUGGCUCUGCCCCGGCAGGGAACCGCCCCCCGCCCACCCCUUCUGCUCCCCCCACAAAGAAGCAGCAGCCCCCCCCCAACAAGGUGGCCAAGGCGGCCCCUUGCCCACCCCAAGCCAAGCCCCCCUCGAAGGCCCCGCCCGGCGCUGACGACGAGGACCUGCCGCCUCUGCUCCCCCCCGAGCCGCCCGUGCUGCUGGACCUCUCCCCCCCCGCGGGGGUCCCGGCCCCCCCGGCGCCGCAGCCGCCGCUCAAGAAUGACAAGGGUAUUUGCGGUUUGCCGUGUGCAUGGAGUGUCACUGGCUGCCCACGGGAUACUAACCCCGAGCAGGGCCCCGGGCACGGAGCGAGCCACGGGGAGGGGCAGGGCUCGGCACGGCCCCGGGGUCACUAACGCGUGUCCUCGGCACGGAGCACGGUGUGGCUUGUGGCACGGGCACUGCGAGCGGAGCUGCUGCACACGGGGCUCGGGCGGAGCCGCCCCGGGCCCGUCCUCGCCGCGUGUGGGGUCCCCGUGGGGUCCCCGUGUCCGUCCGGCAGCGCCGGUGCUGUCCCUGCGCUCUGCCUGAAGUGUUGGCAACCCCGGGCACACCCCGGCACCUGCAGAGGGCUUUGCCAGGGCUUCUGUGUGCCGUGGGCACAGAGGCUUUUUCCAGAGCGGGAAACGGGACUGGAUCCAGGUAAUGGCUGCAUGGGAGCAUCCCGGCCACCUCCGAGGCCGGGGACACCCGGCUCUGCUUCGGUCACUCGCGUGGUUGGACACGGCUGUGCCAGGGGUCGCAAGUGAUGGUGGUGGCACUGCAGAUGGUGGCCCUCUGGGCACCCGGAGGGGGCAUCAGGGUAAUCCCAAAUGAUCCCUGUAGUGAAGCCAUGGAUGUGCAGCAGCCCCGAGGGCUCGGUGAGUGGGGCCUCAGUGCUGUGUGUCAAGGGUGCCUGUCACACUGGGCUGCUGCCACCCCAGGAGUGCCACCCACACUCCUCCUGGUGCCUCAGGCUGGAACUUCCUCGGGGGCUUGGCAUUCCAGACCCUCCAGGCAUCCAUGGGGCUCCCGCCAUGGUGAGAGCCUGGGGGCAGGCUCUUGUGCCACCCUGCUGAUGGUGUUUGGGGUGCCGAGACGGCUCCUGACGGCAUUUGGGGCGCACCACUUAACUGGGCUGACUGGUGACUGCACUGGGAACCAGCAGCAAAGGCUGCACCAAAGCAGCUGCAGCCCCUGGACCUGCCUGAGGUGGGAAGAGUGAGGUGUGUGUGUGUUC